AUGCAUGUCCAUCCGCUGGCCGUUGUGCCGCUGCUGCUGAACCUGCUGGCCGUCUCGUCGGCGAUCCGAGCAAUAGAGGAUGAUCUCGAUGAGGAGGCACCGUUUGACCUGGAGCGGCACCUGGCUUUCAACGCUACAAGUAUGGCAGAGGAGACAAGGGACGAGGAGCUGCCUCAGCCGUGGAAGGAGCGUUUGAGCAAGGUGCGCAAGCUGGGCUCAGGAAGUUUCGGCACUGUUUAUCAGUUGCGCGUGACCUGUGACGAGAGCGAAGACCAGUUUGCCUCUCUCAAAGCGAUGGCGAAGAAAACGGCUGCCUACAAAGAGGUCAAGAACAUGCGCCGAAUGAAAGGCGCAAACUACGUCAUCUCUACGGUUGGAAAGCCGGAUUAUGUGGAGACAGAGGACACCAUGUAUAUUUUAAUGCCCUUUCUGAAUGGAGGCGAUUUGUUCGACUUGAUGGAGAAGUGUGUGCUGACCAAGGGGUGCCGUUGUGGGAAAGGCAUGUGCUGGGACAAGCUGGGCCCUCCCUAUAGCAAUACAUACGUUUUGGCGCUCUUCUACCAGGCGACUUUGGGUGUGCAAGAGAUUCACAGCAAGGGCCUUGUUCACAUGGACAUCAAAACGGAGAACAUCAUGAUGAAUUGCGUGAACAACAAGUGCUCCGCGCAGGUUAUCGAUUUGGGCGUCGCGGGACCCACCGGGCAAUGUUGGCCGUCCGGAACGCCGGGAUACAUGGCGCCCGCCCCGAAGCCUGUUGGAGAUCAGCCUGGGCUCGCUCAGCCGAUCGCUCUAGCUCCGAUCCAGUUCUCUCUCGGCCUGAUCUGUCGGUCUGUCGCCCUUGGGCCCGAGGAAGUAUGGAAACUUUUUGGAAGUGGCCAGCCUCAGAAUGACAUCUUCUCGCUGGGUGUGGUCCUCUAUCAGCGCCUGGGUGCAGCUAAGCACCCUUUUGGAGUGUCCCACCUUGCUUGACCAACGGCAAGUGGCCAAGACUGCAGGCAAUCAAUGGCCUAGCUUGUAGUCUUUUGGUGAUUUCCCAUGCUAUUUACACCUGCGGAUUGUUCCGCCGGCCCUUUUGGCCGCAGCGAGAAAGCCAACUUAGUGGGUGUGAGUGCGGUGCAGCGGUGGGAUGUUGGCCGUGAAGGGGUGACUGCAAGAG